AUGGAGAGUAACAUUUCCAUGGCACAAGUUAGCAAUAUUGUCGGCCCUGAGCGAGGCCAGAGCUUCAAGGACUUCUAUUUGUCUGUGACAAACGACCUGGAUUGGGGCAGCCCCGAGCCCGAGGACAUCGAAAAGCGCAUCGAGUGGCGUGAGGUUGCUCAUAGUGGGCAAUGGAUCAUUCUCUCGGUCCUUUGCCAGUAUAAGACUUUUGCAUCUGCCAUCCGAACCCUCCAGAUGACAACGCCCGACGUCAUCAACUUCGUCACUCUCUACAUCAAAUUCCACCGAGCGACCAAGCUAUGGGCUAAAAAGAUCGACGAGACUUCGGUCUCUGAUCUUCUCCGAAAGUCUGGAGAGCAUUGGCCGGGUGUAGAUGAGAUGGAUGACUACACCCGACCUCGCCUUCCUACCGAUGUCCUCGAAAACCCCGACCGGGAGGAGGCAAUCAAGUACCUGCGUCAGGUGGGUCAGGAGGAAGCCGUCGAAGAUAUCGAUGAAUGGCGCGGUCUUUCCACCGACUUUCACACACUCCCCAUUGAGCCCGAGAUCAUGGCCCGGGUUGUUGUGAUCCUGGACGAAGAAGAGGGGUUCUUGGGUGCCGACAACACCCAUUCCCUUCCAGAUGGGCAUCACUUGUCCUGGAUCGGAAGUGGCCCGUCGGUAUGCCAAGACCUGGCGAAGUGUCUGGGGGAGCUUCAAGUCUACCUCACUCGCCCUAGCCCUUCGACAGCCAGCACUUGUGGGCGUUGGCCCACAGGUAGCCCGAAAGGAUCUCAAAGCCAAAGACGCCGCCAGAAUGCCCCUGGAAACAACGUGGACUGUUCCACAGAAGAAAUCAACCAACUGUUCCCUCAACGCGUUCCCUCUGUCGAUAUGAGAGGGUACCCCGGAUUCGAGUCGAUAAGAGGCCGCGAGGAUGCAUCGGUGCCAAAGCAAGACUCUAAUCAGCCCCAGCCUCUCUCUGUGGAGCUGCAGGUGCCUCUCAUCCGUAUCCGCGAGGCCACGCCACAGGCUCAACCAGACCACUCAACGGGAGGUCAACUUUCAAUGAACAAACUCUUGUCUUCGGUCCAACCCCUUCAUCCGUCCGUCCGUCUUCCGGGACCAAACUUGGGCAGAGACACCUACUCUUUUCCUCAUGGAAAGCCUGAUGAAGAACUAGGACACGGUCACACGCCGCACUUUUUUCAGGAUCGCGACAAAAUCGAGAACCAGCUCAAUAAAUCUACCAGGCCGAAUUUCCCUGGUCCCACUCCCAUGCGAGAGCAACGUUUCCAGGUGAUCGAUUUCGAGACGCUGAAGGGCCAGAUACACAAGGAAACGCAGAAAGAGAACUUGAGACUUCCUGUGGCCCCUAAGCACAGCACUGGAAAAGCUUCCGUAUUGAGUGCUCCACGGAACGCGUUUGCCUCUCCGAUCUUAACCGACGAUGAUCUCGAAUCACCCACUAUGCCGAGUAGCAAGCAAGCUUCUCGAAAGCGAAAGGUUGAUGAUAGCGAUGGAGAAUACCGACCUCGAACCGAGAGACCUCGCAAGGAGAAGGCCAGAAAGUCUGCUCCUCGAAACAAGAAUACUACUUCGCCGCAAACAAUCCAGCCGCAGCAAACCCAUCAGCCACAACUGACCAUCCAGCCGCAGAUGGGCGCUGAAGGUAUACUUCAGCCUGUCAAACGUGGUCGAGGCCGUCCACGAAAAUACCCCAAGCCCGAAGUUCCUGUUAUUCGAGCAGCCCCGGGUCAAUCAGCUGCGCCUCACUCUUCUGCGAAUGACGCCGGUACUCAGCAGGUAGCCGCUCCUCCAGGCACCACAAUCGCUGAUAAUUCAGCUUCCGCUCGUGGUUCGGGUGGUGACACAAAUGCUGGCGGCCAGACUCACGUUGGAGGACGGCUUGGUGUACUCAAUGAAGCUCCAAGAUCGACUUCGGAUUAUAUCUCUCCAUACUCUCGUCCCCAGUCUUUCCCCCAGGUCGCUCUGUCCUCCAAUGCUUCUCAUGCGACUGUUGCGCACUCAAACACUCCGCAGGCUCAGAUUGAGGCCGACAGAGAUGGACUGUUGCGCCGUCAGCCAAACAACUACGAGGAAUUCUGGACGGUCCAUCAGAACCUUGCGAAUGCAGCCCGUCCAGGAUACUGGAGUUACAACCCCAGUCCUGAUGACAAUGGUACACUUUCGUACCUCUCAUCUUCCCAACCGGCCUCUCGCCAGAAUAUGACAAUCCCGACAACUCGCCAGUCUUAUUAUGAUCAGGGCCUUGGUACGCGCCCUGUUGGCCAACAAACCUCUCAAGGAGCCAACGUUAGCGCUCCUAGCACUCAACAGCAGCCGCAGAACAACACUGAUUACUUUCUUCAUUCUGCGCAUCUCAACAGGUGUCAAGGGCCAUCUGCUCUCAAUGCUAUCGCCCAGCAGGCCCGAGAUGAACGUAUCAGAUCUGAAGCAGCUGAAAAGCGCAAGCAAGGAGAAGACGUCAACGACACCGCACAAGGCAAGAACAAAUAA